GCCUACAGUACCCGUCGCGAAAUCCGACGGUGGCAAUCUGACGCUGGACCACCUAUUGUACCUCCUGUCGCAUUAUCGCAAUACUUGAGCGUCAGGAACAGUCACCGAGUCUUAUGCACAAAUCCUCAGCUCGUCAAAUCCCACCUUUCGAACUUGAUGUUUCUCGAGAAGCCAACUCAAGACACACUUCACCCCUCUACCUCGCACGAUAAGGUCCAGUAUCAACCCCAGCCAGCCCGCGCCAUGGCUACAGACUUCGCCAUGCCCGUGCAACAGUUCACCGCAUCGCCCUCCCAGUCCCAAUAUACCCUCUACAAUUCCCAAUCGCAGCCCAUCUCCCCAAUCAACUCGGCCUCAGCAACGCCCAAGAAUGCCUCACCUACCUCUCCUCGAACCACCCUGCCUCCGCAUCUCGCUGCCCACACUCGACAGCUUCGCCCGCCCAAGUCACCUCUCUAUGUGCCCGCAGUAUUGCGGCCUACAGAUCCACCCAAGAGGAUUUCCAGGCCUUCCCCGCUCACUCCGCCACAGAGCAUGCAUGGUAGCUUCGAUGAAUUAGAAAAUGCUCGAACGCUGAAUAGACGGUCCACGGGAGAUAGCGGGAAGUUCGGUCUGGGCGCAAUCACUGAAGCCGAAUUCAGUUCCGAGGGGCUUGGAAAGGUGACGGCUCUGCCUACGAGAGAACACUGGAAGCCGGAUUCCGAAUCCUCCGUAUGCGACGAGCCGUCCUGCACUAGAUACUUCACCUACUUCAGGCGGCGACAUCACUGUCGGCGUUGUGGAAAUAUCUUUUGCGAGACACACUCCACGUACACCAUUCCUCUUGACCAGGAUGCCAAUUACCAUCCUAGGGGUAGCCGCAACCGUUCAUGCGAGCACUGCUGGACCGAAUAUCGCGGCUGGCAAAUGGCACGUUCAAGCCGCUCAAACAGCGAGAGUUCUCAAGACGACCCGCAAACACCCACCACCCCAACUGUCGUCUGCGCCGGAAACGGUGCCAAAGGCGCGCUGGGCAGUGUUUUUGGGAAGGGCCAAGGCAUGUCUGAAAGCCUGGGAGCUAGCGUCCCUCGAGAUUGGAACUGGAGCACAUUCUGA